ACCGCUAGCACCCUAGUCAAAACUUGGCGAUCACGUUUCUUGCAGAAGGGUUUAACUAGGGUUUAAAACCCAUUAUAUACUUUUAUUCUCCUUCUUCUUUCCUAGAAACCCCAAUGUUUUCAUCAACACAACAAAGAAAAGUAAAAUAAGCCAACCAAGCUUUAACACCAACAACAACAUGCAGCAGAUGGGUUUAGAACCCUGUCAACUUCUUCUUCGACCGGGUACUACGAUAUGGGAAGGGGUUUGAAUUUGUGGCUGGUCUUGAAUUUCUGAUGGGAAGAUGGCUGGCGUGGAGAUUGAUUGUGGGGCUGUGAAAUAAAAGCCAUGAUGGUCAUCUUCAAGGACGAGUCGAAGUUGGGAUUUGGAUUGGGGAGAGAGAAAAGGCUCAUCUUCCAUCUGAGAAAAAAGAAAAGAAAAAUGCCUUCAACUUCGCAAAGGAGACGAGCUUUGAGAUUGUGGUUGCUGUCGCGGGGUUGUUGGUUUCAACUGUUGGGUUGUUUUGUUUCUUGUUAAUUGUCAUACGCUGACAUAAGAGCUUCGUCCAAUCUUGCGUCAGUGGGACCAAUGUUUGCCAAUUGGCACAGCUUCUUCUUUCUCUUUGCAACUAACCAUCGCUUGGUCGCAACAAUUGGUUUAGAAAAAUUAAAAUUCCUAUACUCACUCUUUCUUAAUUGCAAAACUGAUUGGUCCCCUAAAAUUUAAUACUACUAUAGUUUAGACAAAUUAUACAAACUAUACUAUUUUUAUCUCUAGGCUUAAUUAAAAAGUGAUGUGUAAAAAAAAAAUGUCCUUAAUGCUACACUAACUUUUUAAAAAAGGUUAUAAAUUAGUAUCAGAAAUAGUGGUGCUAAUAACUUUAUUAUCAAAUUGAAAAUAGUGACAGUGGGCUUCAAAUGUACGUGUAAGUUUCCCUAUUAUUCUAAAAAUUAAUUAAUGUAGAUCAUACUUUAAAUAUUCAAAAAACCACCUGACAUCUAGAAUAAUAUAUUAUAUACACUCAACCUAUAUCGGGCAAACUUAUCUUGUUUCAUUGCCAAAUUGAACUUCAAAGCCAAGAAGUAGUUUGGUCUAGUAUUUAAAAUACAGAUAUCCAAUAUCUAAUUUUAUAUAUAAAAAGAUGUCCUGUUACAAAUGUUGUUGCAGGGCAAUGAUCAUCGGGCCUUUCCUUUCUUAGCCAUAUUCUUCUCAAUGGCUCUCUCUGUUAUCAGAUCAAAGCGACGCCUGGUAACUCCAUCUCAGCAAACACCAUCUGGCAAGCUAGACUUAUCAUUCAUUGAUAAAGUACCGGUUCUCAGAUGCUAUACUCGCACAUUGCACGUCUAUAGAUAUGGCCCUGAAGCAUCAAGAGUCGUUAGAGAAGCCUUGUCAAAGGCCUUGGUACCCUACUACCCCCUUGCUGGACGGCUAAAAGAUUCAGGCGAAAAUCAGCUUCAGGUUGAAUGUUCCGGAGAAGGCGUGUGGUUCGUUGAGGCAUCAGCUGAUUGUAACCUUGAUUCCUUCAAUUACUUCGAUAAUGCUAAUUUGUCCAUUCCUUAUGAUGAACUUCUUCCUGAUCAAGUUCCGAAAAGUGAAGGCAUGGAACCUCUUGUACAAAUGCAGGUGACACAAUUUGCAUGCGGUGGUUUUGUGAUAGGCCUUAUAUUUAGCCACACUAUAUGUGAUGGCCUAGGAUCUGCACAAUUCCUAAACGCUCUAGGGGAGUUGGCAAGGGGUCUGGAACAUCUAAGCACUGAACCAGUUUGGCAUAGGGACUUUUUUCCAACUCCAACACAUGAAGCAAAUGUCAACGUAUUGCCAAACUUGCCACCCCCAACGCCUGACUACCUGCUAGAGCAUGUUAGUAUUGACAUUUCCAUGGAUGAAAUCAACGAGCUAAAGCAAGGAUUCCAUGAGUCGACAGGGCAAGCUUGUUCUGCUUUCGAAAUUGUAGCUGCCAAUUUAUGGAGCCUUCGAACAAAAUCAAUAAACUUCAAGCCAGAUACUGAAGUCCGGCUUCUUUUCUUUGCAAAUUGCCGUCAGCUUUUGGACCCUCCUUUGCCUAAAGGCUUCUAUGGAAACUGUUUCUUCCCAAUAACAAUUGCAGCUCCAUGCGAGUUGCUUACACAAGCAUCAACAAUUGAGGUGAUUAAACUGAUACAAGAAGCAAAGAAUAAGCUACCUGUUGAUUUUGCCAAAUUCAAGGAUGGCGAUUACUUAAGAAAUGGUAAAGACCCAUUUGCACCACCUCUAGGCUACACCACUUUGUUUAUUUCAGAAUGGGGUCGGUUGGGGUUCAACCAGGUUGACUUUGGAUGGGGCCCUCCGGUCCACUUGGUUCCAAUACCUGGCUCCGCCAUCAUCCCAGUUGGUAUCAUGGGGUCGCUGCCAUUGCCCAAGAAAGGUAUCCGUUUGAUGACAUGGUGUGUUGAAAAGGACCAUCGCCAGCCGUUCCUUGAUCUGAUGACAAAGCUUGUCUAACAAUUAAAGAAUGCUUGAAGUCUUAAACUCCUAUUGCUUUCUUCAGGUACAAAGUGUAAAAAUAAAACAGGUGUUAUUUUUUUGUUUCCUUUAUGCUUUUCCCAUUUUCCCAUUUUGUUCGGGUUUGCUGCGAAAUCGGUGACUUCAUCGACACAAAAUAAAGCAGAAUUUAUGCUGUUUCAAUGUGAAGUAUUGAAUUAUAUUCAACUAUUCUUGUUUUUAUCUAUGCACACUACAAUGAGUCCAGUAAAGAUUUAAUGGAAGAGAAACGAAAAAUGAUUCCAACUCCUCUGUUCGAGUUGAGAUUUGAAUAAAGUAAAACCACAGCCCAGUAUAAGGACAGACUUUUGGUAGAAUGUAUGGAUAAAACUAUUUGGGACUUGGGAGUCGAAAUUUGAUGAAAUGCCAAGCUAACGACAUAGAAGCCCAAAUCAUAGAAGCCCUCGAUUAUUUAUUAGAACUC